ACCUCCUCACGUCUGCGUCGCCGCUUUCCCGUCUCCAAAACGUUCGUACGCAUGAGUCAGAGUUUGCAUGGAAAUGCGCAAAUUUUCCCAUCAAGUUUGUUUUUAUAAAAAAAGUUUGCGUGAGAAGUGGCGUACGUACGUUUCAGGCCCUGUUUUGACCCCAGGUCUUAAAGGAACAGGUCUCAAAGGAAUAGUUCACCCAAAAAUGAUCAUUCACUCGUUAUCUACUCACCACUAUGCCGAUGGGUGGUGAUGCUAGUGGACGUGGCCAAAUGAACACGCGCGCCCUUGGGAGAGAGUUUGUGCAGUUUUCCGGUUUAUCAGAGACAUUUAGGCUUAAAACUUGGUGUAAAUGAGGUCGUUUCUAGUUGAAUAUGAACGUCUGGACUUGUGGACACUUGAUGACACCACAGGAGCAGAAUGGAGGUAUUUUAUUUGGAGAGGACAGAGAGUAAGCUGUGAAGGGGGACAGACAGAGAGUGGAGGAAGACAUACAGCACAGGGCCGCGGGUCAGACUCAAACCUGUACCGCUACGGGUGAGGCCUUAAUGGGGCAGCAGCUCUACCAGGUGAGCUAUACGCCGCCCCAGUGUUUUUCUGUUGUUUAAUUACGUCUGAAGAAGGACUCACUUUAGCUGCCACUCUGUUUACCCCUGAGACCCCCUCCAGUGGUGGGUGGAUAAUGGGUGAAGUUUCACUUUUGGGUGAAUAAUCCAAAAGAGUCAAAUUAUCUUUAAACUGUUGAUGCUGUGAAUACUGUCUACAUCAAGACUACAGCCAACCCAUAAUGCAUCACUCUGCGUAACGGUCACAUGAUCUGUGAGGUUCCAAUGAGCUCACAACGAUACGUAAAGCUACUGACACACAGCAGCUCAUAGCUAAUGUGAAAUAAAUGUUGUGGUCUAAUACUAAUUAAUACGAUUUUAUUUAUCCCAUAUUCCCAGUUUGUCUCACAGAUGUUAACAAGGAGCAACUUCCUCUGUUCUUAACUCAACUAGAGUCAAACUACAGAGAAACUUUAUGAGCAGGAACAGGAUUCACUACAUGAGAAGAACCAGUUUGUAACUUCAUGUUUGAAGUGUUUAUACAGAAUGUGUGAUGGAGAUGAAGGAGCAGAGGAACUGAGGACUUCCUGAUGGUAGAAGAUGUGAGGAGACAUGUUGUACAUGUGGAUCUUUAACAAAACACAUGGAUGAAUUCACUCACACACAUUGUGUCCAUUUUAUUACUGUGUGUGUGCGUGUGUGUGUGUGUGCGUGUGCGUGCGCGUGCGCGCGUGCGUGCGCGUGCAUGUGUGUGUGUGCGUGUGUGUGCGUGUGCGUGUGUGUGGAUUAUCUGAUGUAAUCUGUUAAUCUCUCUCAUGCUGUUAAUAGCUGCAGGUCAGAUUUGAAGCAGCUCAGUUUGUCACCGUCGACAGAAAAUAAACCCAAACAGAAACAAACUGCUGUUUAGCAUUUGCACAUUUACAUGAUUAGAUAUUUAUACAAAGUUUGUCAGUGCAGCUGGCUGCUGGAUAUAUGAUGAGACAAAUAAACCCAAAGUUUAUGAAACAGAUGUGAUGUGAUGUAAACCACCUUAAAAAGGGAUUUGUCUUUAGAUGAAGUCGAACACUGAUGUGAACAGAAAACCUCGUAUCCUGUUUCAGCUUUUCACAACAAAAGAGACAAAGAAAAGACCAAGAACAAAAAGUUCAGUCAAUGAAAUCUGAUCUGACCAAUCAUCAACGCCUUCAGAUCAACGCUCUCACAGAGGUGACGUGAUGAUGUCAUCUGUGACAUCACAGCAAAAAACAAUCAAAUGAAUUGAAACACGAACAAUUAAAAUAAUGAAUACUAUGAAAAAUAACAACAAUAAUAAAAUAUUCCAAAUAAUAAAAAAUAUUCAAACAGAAACGCUGUCAUAGAUCUGAAACAUUUGCAACAAUAAAAAAACAAACAUAAAGACAUUACAGUGAAAUGUUAAAAAGACAGGAUAAUGUAAAAAGUAUAAAAUGAAAAACAAACACACAGUUAGAAAAAUCCCUGACGAUAAAGGUCAAUAAUGGUCAGAUGAACCCGUUAAUCCGUGCACGCUACUGGUGCACAACCACACUGUGCACUACGUGCACGUCAGGGUUAGUGAGUUAAUGAGACGCUGUGAACAGAUCAGGUUCCUCUGAGCCUGAAACUCUUUGUUCCUCAGAUUAAACAGUUUCACUGAGAACACUUCACACCUGCUCACACAUCGGGUUCUCCCUCCUGAUGCAUUGUGGGUGUUCCUGGAGUGCACAUGUGGCUCAAGGUUGAAGAGGUCACUGCAGGUCACUGUCUCUAAUCUCUGUUUGGUUACAGAACAGGUCACCUGACAGUCAAUACUGAGGGUUGAGAUGACCACCUGGAAACCACAUUAUGUAGAUGUGCUGCCAUCUUGUGUUGAUGACGUCAUUCACAGUCAGAGUCUGAGCAGCAGUGAUGGAGGAGUGGAGGUUUGGUAUCGAGGUCCCGCCCACACACGCUCUCAACCAGAAAUGACAGAAACAUCUUUCAACAUUUAUUUAACGUCUACUUUGAUUUUUUGGUUUGGUUUCUGUCCCAUCUGCUAACAUGGGGAGGUUUAUGACCUAUAGGGGGCGAUCCCGAUGGUUUGGCUUCAGUUUUCGGAUCUGUAUCUACACUCUGUGUUACAGUGUAGGUUACUGUCGGUCACUGGAUUUAAUCUGAUAAUCUCAUUAAACAGCGUUGAAUCUUCAUCAGCAGGUUAUUUUCAUCCUCCUCUUUGGUUUCCAUGGUUACAAGACUCUGCUCAAAGGGAUUUCUGGGAAAUUCACCAGCGGGGACCUGGUGGCCAUCAUGGGGCCCUCAGGAGCCGGAAAGUCCACGCUCAUGAAUAUCCUGGCCGGGUACAGGGAGACAGGGAUGAAGGGGACGAUCCUGAUCAACGGUCAGAGCAGAGACCUGCGCUCCUUCAGGAAGGUUUCCUGUUACAUCAUGCAGGACGACAUGCUGCUGCCUCACCUCACUGUGCAGGAGGCCAUGAUGGUUUCAGCGAACCUGAAGCUGCAGGAGAAGCUGGAGGCUCGCAGAGAGAUGGUCCAGGAGAUCCUGAUGGCUCUGGGCUUACUGGACUGUGCUAAAACCAGGACGUCUCACCUGUCGGGGGGUCAGAGGAAGAGACUGGCCAUCGCUCUGGAGCUCGUCAAUAACCCUCCGGUCAUGUUCUUCGACGAACCCACCAGUGGUUUGGACAGCUCGUCCUGUUUCCAGGUGGUGUCUCUGCUCAAAGCUCUGGCUCAGGGAGGACGAACCAUCAUCUGCACCAUCCACCAACCCAGCGCCAAACUGUUCGAGCUCUUCGACAAGUUGUACGUCCUCAGUCAGGGUCAGUGUAUCUACAGAGGAAACGUAUCCAGUCUGGUUCCGUACCUCAGAGACCUCGGACUCAACUGUCCCACCUACCACAACCCUGCUGACUUCGUGAUGGAGGUGGCGUCCGGGGAGUACGGGGAUCAGAUGGUGCGGCUGGUAAAGGCGGCUCACGACAGGAAGUGUGAGAAGAAUUAUCAGAUGGAGCUGAAUGGAGAAACCAACCUCCACCCAUUCCUGUGGCAGCGCGCAGAGGAGGAGAAUUCUUCGUCUGAAGGUUGUCACAGUUUCUCAGCCAGCUGUAUGACCCAGUUCUCCAUUCUGUUCAGGAGAACUUUCCUCAGCAUCCUCAGAGACUCAGUGCUGACUCACCUGAGGAUCUCGUCUCACAUUGGGAUCGGCGUUCUGAUUGGUCUUUUGUAUCUGGGAAUCGGUAACGAGGCCAAGAAGGUUCUGAGUAACUCUGGGUUCCUGUUCUUCUCCAUGUUGUUCCUGAUGUUUGCAGCUCUGAUGCCCACAGUUCUCACAUUUCCUCUGGAGAUGGGAGUAUUUCUGAGGGAACACCUGAACUACUGGUACAGUCUGAAGGCGUAUUACCUGGCUAAAACCAUGGCAGACGUCCCCUUCCAGGUGGUCUUCCCGCUGGUGUACUGCAGCAUUGUGUACUGGAUGACGGCUCAGCCUCCGGAUGCCGGACGCUUCUUCCUCUUCCUGUCUCUCGGGGUCCUGACCUCACUGGUGGCUCAGAGUCUGGGUCUGCUGAUCGGAGCCGCCUCCACCUCCCUGCAGGUGGCGACAUUUGUGGGUCCAGUCACGGCGAUCCCGGUCCUGCUGUUCUCUGGGUUCUUUGUCAGUUUCGACACCAUCCCCUGGUACCUGCAGUGGAUGUCCUACAUUUCCUAUGUCAGAUAUGGUUUUGAGGGCGUCAUCUUGUCCAUCUACGGUCUGGAUCGAGAAGAUCUUCACUGCGAGAAAGACGAAACAUGCCACUUCCAGAAGUCCGAGGCCAUCCUGAAGGAGCUGGACAUGCUGGACGCCAAACUCUACCUGGACUUCAUCGUGCUCGCCAUCUUCUUCUUCUCCUUGAGGCUCAUGGCUUAUUUCGUCCUGCGGUACAAGAUCAGUGCUGAGAGGUAGACAAGGAACACGAUGAAGAGUCACAGUGGAAGAUCUGAGCUUUAGGCCACAGUUAGCGUGUAGCCGUACGAACACAGAAUCUACUUUGGCUUUAAAAUCGAGAUGAAGAGGAGAGGAUUUGAGAUGUCAGACGUGGAUUUGGUUGAGCUGAAGGUGUUACAGGACAGGGUUCAGGUCCUGAUCAGGAGCUGGUCUCCUGGUUUCACUCGGCCUGAAGGACCAAGCACAGACUCGACAUCUGUACGAUUUAAAGUCUGAACCUCGACGUUUAUGUAACUUUAGCUGAUUGUUGGGGUCAAAGGUCAAACCGACCAAUAAAAACUGUAUCUGACGCUGUUUAUAAAUAAAGAGACAAACAAUUGAUUGAA